AUGGAUCCACUUAGCAUUUCCGCUAGCAUUACUGCAUUACUCCAACUCGCCUCAACAGUCAUACAAUACCUGAACGGCGUCAAAGGCGCUCCCGAAGAUCGUCAAAGAAUCCUCUCUGAACUAGCCAGUGUCACCGGAGUUCUUUUCAUACUCGAGGACCAGGCGGAUAAAGCGAAGCAGGGUGAUCAGUGGUCUUCAACAUUACAAUCACUCAACGUGCCAGAAGGACCACUGGACCAGUUGCGAAGAGCACUCGAGCGCUUGUCCUCUAAGCUUGCCCCGUCAGCUACAGGGUUGAAAAAAUUUGGCAAGGCUAUCAUUUGGCCGUUCCAGAAAGUAGAAAUCAGGGAGAUUUUGGGUAGCAUUGAGCGACAAAAAGCGCUGUUCAAUUUGGCCCGGCAAAAUGAUCAUAUACGACUCUCCAGAGCCAUCAAAGAAGAUGUGGCAACCAUGCGUGAGGAAGUCGCAGAGAUUGCCAAAGGAGUCAGUACAAUAAAGAUGAGCCAGAUAACCAGUGAGCAUCAGAGGAUCAUCGAAUGGCUUGACGCGCCAGAUCCAUCAACGAACUACAACAGAGCGCUGAAAAUACGCAACCCAAAAACAGGCUCAUGGUUCAUCAAGAGCAAGCAAUUUGCUAAUUGGAACACCGCACGGGGGUCGUUCAUUUGGCUGCACGGGAUCCCUGGCUGCGGCAAAACCAUUCUCAGCUCUACGAUACUUCGAGAUGUGCUCGAGCAGCACCAUUCAGAGCCCAACUCGGCCGUGCUAUUCUUCUAUUUCGACUUCAACGAUGCCGAAAAACAGCGACAUGAGAAGGUGUUACGCUCAUUGAUCUGCCAGCUCUCCAGGUACUGCGCGAAUUCGAUCCUCCAGAAUCUGUACUCGUCAAGUUUGAAUGGCAGGCCGCAGCCGACUGAGGAAGUACUGUUAAAUACCUUGCAUCAAAUGAUGACCUCUCUGGGAGACACAUACAUCAUCCUUGAUGCUCUCGACGAGUGUGCAGAACGUGACGAGCUUCUCAAAGACCUUGAAGAAAUUAUAUCAUGGGAAGGUGCGAAUGUGCAUCUGUUGACUACCAGUCGAAGGGAAACAGACAUCGAGGAGGCUUUGACACCAUGGAGCGAUACGCGGAAUCGGAUCAGCAUUCAGAGCGAACUUGUCAAUGCUGACAUUCGCACCUAUAUACGCGACCGGCUUCAGAUCGAUCCAAGACUUAAAAGGUGGCUGAAACGUCCUGAAGUGCAGCGGGAAAUUGAGGAUACGCUUAUGAAGAAAGCAGAUGGAAUGUUUCGAUGGGCAGCAUGCCAGCUCGAUUCAUUAGGAAACUGUUUUCAUCUCCCUCACCUCCGCCAAGCUCUGGUGUCUCUUCCAAAGACUUUGGACGACACGUACGCGCGCAUACUCUGCAACAUUGACAAAGACUAUAAUCACUACAAUCGGUACAUUCUAAAAAUACUGCAAUGGUUGACCUUUUCUGCUCGGCCAUUGCAGCUCGAAGAAAUCGCAGAGAUCGUUGCUAUCGAUGUUGACGAGACUCCUCGCUUUGAUCCGCUACGACGAUUACCCGAACCACGAGACAUACUAACGAUGUGUUCGAGUCUCAUCACGCUGACAAUACAACGUCUACAACCCUUCUGA